AUGAAUGUCGACCUGAAAAAAGCGACGGGCGGCAGUUCAGUGAAUCCCUUCGCCCAAAUAGCCCGAGUGCCCAUCUCUCCCAGUGAAGAUCCGGCAUUUGCAGCCUUGCAACGAACAGUCAAGAGGAAAAAGACAGCCCAUGCUGUGCUCAUGGUUCUGGCUUUUGUGGUCAUGUUCCCUUUCUUCGCGCUCGGGCUUCAUCUCUUCCCAUCGAAAUGGACAGUGGACAUUCACGGAACGUUCCAACUCCUCACUCUGACCGUGGCAAUCGCGGGCUUUGGAGUUGGUGUUUCCCUCGCACGACAGAUUGAUUUGGUCAACUCUUACCAUACCAUCCUAGGGAUGAUCAUCGUACCAAGCCUUAUUCUUUUCCAGCCUGCUAUGGGUGUAUUGCAGCAUCGAUUCUUCCGGAAGACAGGUAGAAAAGGACCUUUUGCCUAUACGCAUCGCUGGUUUGGACGGUUGAUGAUGAUUCUGGGUAUCAUCAAUGUUGGGCUUGGAUUCAAGCUUGCGAAAGCACCGCGUCGGGCGGUCAUUGCAACUAGUAUUGUUGCUGGUGUCAUCGCCAUGGUUUAUAUUGUGAAUGUCAGUUGGAUUGGAAGACCGAGGAGACCUAAUUUGUAA